AGGAGGGAGGGAGCCGAGGGGUUGACCGACGCCUGGUGAGGGCGGUGAAGGGAAAUCGGACACGGGCGCCGAGCAGCUGGUGGGAAUUGCGCUGCGGAGUGAUUUGCAGAUUUUUCUAUAUCUCGGUGCAAUGGAGCUGAGUUUUGCCGGUAAACGUGCCCUAGUAACGGGCGCUGGUAAAGGUAUCGGCAGAGCCAUUGCAAAGGCCUUACUAGCGUGUGGUGCAGAAGUUAUUGCAGUAACCAGGACACAAUCUGAUUUGGACAGCCUUGUUCAGGAGUGUCCCAAAAUGCUGACAAUCUGUGUGGACUUGGGUAACUGGGAAGCCACAGAAAAUGCACUGAAAGAUGUAGGUCCGGUAGAUCUUUUGGUGAACAAUGCUGCAGUUGGCAUUUUGGAACCAUUCCUGGAAAUUACCGAGGAAGCAUUUGAUAAAAUGUUUAAUAUUAAUGUGAAAGCUGUGUUGCAUGUUGGACAGAUAAUUGCAAAAGGAAUGAAAUGCCGUGGGUCAGGUGGAUCCAUUGUGAACGUUUCCAGCCAGGCAUCCCAAUGUGCAAUGAAAGAUCAUUCUGUAUACAGUGCCUCAAAAGGAGCUGUUGAUAUGCUAACAAAAGUGAUGGCACUUGAGCUGGGACCACACAAGAUAAGAGUGAAUGCCGUGAACCCCACAGUGGUGAUGACUGCAAUGGGUCGGAUUGCAUGGAGUGAUCCAGUAAAAGCAGCAGGAAUGUUGUCUCGCAUCCCAAUGGGCAAGUUUGCAGAACUUGAAGAUGUUGUGAAUGCAAUAAUCUUCCUCCUCAGUGACAAAAGUGCAAUGAUAAAUGGAGUGACUCUGCCUGUGGAUGGAGGAUUUCUAUCUUCAUAAAACAAUUCAUGGGCUAAUUAUGGGUUCGUAAAAGAAAAAUUCUGUUUAAUCCAGUUGUAAAUGGUUUUAACAUUGCAAAGAGCCCACUUCAGACAUUUCACUGUUUAUUCCUGGGAGCUUUGUGCGAUAAUGUUGCUGAAGUGUGUCAGAUUUUCUAAUGCAUCUGUUCAAGCUGAGUGACUCUCUCAGUUUCUGUCUUUAAUGCGGCAAGGUAGCGUUGUAGUUAGCACAACCCUUCACGGUACCAGAGACCCGGGUUCAUUUCCCAACACUGUGUGUAAGGAGUUCAUACAUUCUCCCCGUGAUCUUGUUGGCUUCCUCUGGGUGCUCCAGUUUCUUCCCAUGGUCCAAAGAUGUACUGGUUGGGAGGUUAUUUGGGCAUUGUAAAUUGUUCCGUGAUUAGGCUAGGAUUAAAAUCGGGGACUGCUGGGCAGCAUUGCUCAAAGGGCCAAUUCCUCACUGUAUCUCAAUUAAUAGAAUCCCAAGCAAGAGAAAAUCAGCAGCUGUUGGAAGUCAAAGUAAUACACUCAAAUUACUGGAGGAACUUUUCAAUUCUGCUUCCCAUUCUGACAUGUCAGUCCAUGGUCGUCUCUACUGCUGUGAUGAGGAUAUAUUCAAGUUAGAGGAGCAACACCUUAUAUUCCAUCUGAGUAGCCUCCAACCUAAUGGCACGAACAUCGAUUUCACGAAUGUGGUUAUGGCCUCCCCGCUUCCCCCCCUUCACCAUUCCCAUUUCCCCCCUCAUCUUUUCUCCUUUCCUACCCAUUUCCUCCAUCUUCCCACUUCCCCUACUUCCAUAGCCCUCUGUCCGGUCCUAUGAGAUUCCCCUUCUCCAGUACUUCAUCUCUUUCACCAGCUGACCAACAGGUCUUUACUUCAGCCCUCCCACUCUUACGGUUUAACCUUUCACCUUGUAUUUCUUCCUCUCCUUCCCCCGUCGUCUUAUUCUGACCUGGUCUGUCUUUGCCAGUCCCAAUGAAGGGUCUCGACCCAAAGCGUUGACUGUUUGAUCUUUUCCAUAGAUGCUUCCUGGCCUGCUGAGUUCCUCCAGCAUUUUGGAGGAACUCCAAUACUUUAUGUGUAUUACAUUAAUUUAAAUAAAUAAGUUUGUGGGCUUUAGUCUGAUCAUAAACCUCUACAGAGAGUUAGCAUUAUGUGUAGUGUUUUAAAAGAAAAUCAAUUAAAAUGUUGCAUCAGAUUGAUUCAUCAAUAUUUAUAACAGUUUUGGUUCCAAUGCAAUCUGAUUUCUUGAAUUGCUGACAGCAUGGAGAGCAGUUGUCUAUAAGCAAACUGCACUUAAAAGAAAUCCAAACAAAAAUUUGCCCAGGUAUUUGGUGUCCAUAGACAAUGGAGCAGAAUUAGGGGCUUUGGCCCAUUGAGUAUCCUCCACCAGUUCAUCAUGGCUGACUUUAUUAUCUUUCUUGAAACCCAUUCCCCUGCCUUCAUCCUGUAACCUUUGGUGCCCUUCCCAAUGAAAAACUUAUCAACCUCUGCUUUAAAUAUACCCAAUGUCUUGGCCUCCCAUGCUCCAAUGUGGCAAUGAAUCCCAUAGUUUGAGAGAGAAUUAAUGUUUUAGCUCUGACUUUAGAAAUGAUAAUUAGAUAAUACACACACUUUAAUUUGCAGAGCAGGAUUAGUGAUGUAGACUUGGUUUUGGUAUUAUCUGAGUGGUUGAUUUUUAAAUCCGAGCUAACUUGCUUGAAGGAGGCUUAAGGUACACAAGAAAUGGUGGGGGGUGGGGGAGGGAUGUGGAAUAUAUCAAAUUUUGUCUGAAAUCAGAUCAGUGGGUUGGGUCGCAUCUGUGGAGAGGAAAACAGAGUUUAUGUUACACAAUGAUCUUGUGUUUUUUUCCUAAACUGACUACCAGACACAAACCAGAAAGGCUGCUUCUGAAACAGUGUAGGAGGGCAAAGGAGGAUGUGAAUGGGCCGGAGACCUGAGGUGAGAGCUAAAGAGAAGCUGAGUCAUUAUUGUAGAAUGCACAGAGGGGAUCUGUAAGAUAAUGUAUUGAAAGCCUUUUUUGAAUCUAGCAGUCAAAUGUAGCAAUAUGGUGACCACAUAUCAAAGUUUAAAAAGCAACCCUUUAAAAUGAUCUUUUUGGGGAGACUACCAGAAGUGAUUAAGUCCUUGAUCCUCAUAAAAUGUCAUGUCUGUAUUGCAUCAAUUCCCUGUAACUGUUCCAUUACAGAUUGUGCUACAAUAGCUCCAUUAGGAGGCAGUACCAUCUUUCUCAGAACCAGCAAGAGCUAACUGGUGCAACAGUGUAGCUGAAAGUAAAGCGUUAUGCGAAGAGGCUGAUUUACCCAAUAGGAACUAUUCUUUAAAGUUGUUUGUUAGCAUUGCCAGCAGUGGAGGUAAAAUGACACUUGGCACAGCAAACACAAAUAGUAAGAAGGGUUCCUGGUAAGACAGGGACGGACUGACAUGCAGUGCUUUCAGCGUUUCUUUAAAGAGCAAACAAGAUCGUGAGUGAAAAAACACUGGUCUGGGUUGCAAAACUCUUCACUUUAUCUUAAGUAGUGCUGAUUUAUUUUCUGGACUGGAAUCCAACACCAAUAUGACAGUCUUGUGCUUCCAGAAUUAUUGCCACAAUAGUGUUAUUCAGCCUUUGUGGUUGAGGUUAUGCUGCAGCAGAAAACUUGCUAAACUUGCAGUGUAACUACUCUGCAUCCUGUAGUUACUGUCUAAUCAUUAGCUGCUUUAAAAAUUAUUUUGCUUGAAUUAUUUACAUUUCCUUGCACUUUGUGGUUGUGUUAAUGUCAAUUCUUGUCUAACUGGUGAUAUAUUAGUCUAAGUAGAUUCUUGAUAGUUGGCAUGAACGCAAGUGCCUUGAUUCUGAAGAGUCCAAAGUGGUAUGAAGCGCUAUUUUCAGUUGAAUCUUUAAAAUGUAGUCAAAACAUAUGUAUUACAAGGAUCAUAAAGGAAACAAGGUAAUGAGUAUACUACAAUAUUUAAUGAAAUUCAUUUUAAAGCUCAAUUUUGGGUUAAGAGUUUGCAGCUUCAGAAUGUAUCAUUAGAAAUCUUCAAACUUGUAUGAAUGCAUUUAAGAAAUUAUGAAAAAACAAGACAAAAAUAAACACUGAUGUUCCUGGGAGUGCCGGAGUGUUUUCUGGGUUAAGGCUGGGAUGUUAGAAUGAAGUAUUAGGGACCACAGGAAAAAAAGGAAACAUAAAGUAGCUCAACACUGCAGACUUUCCCAGGGGAUUGGAAGUGGAAGAUUUCUUCACUUUUUCACAAGCUGACAAGAAAAGUCAACGGUGCCCUUCGAACAGAACAGAGGACGGGCUGCAAUUAUAUUAGUUGCUAAAGCAAGAAGGUUUUAGCAUCCAGCAUCAGGCAGAGUAUUUAUUUUCACACCAGAUACUCAAUAUCUGAAAUUAUAGGUAUUCUUGCGUCUCAAAACUAUGUAUCACUGAGCAUUUAUUA